UCGCGCUCUGGUUUGAAAAUGGCGGACGACGACAUGGAAGGAUAUGAUGAUGACCUCGAUGAGGUCGAAGAAGAGGACCAUUUCGAAGAUGUAGACGACUUAGAGCCAACAGAAGACCCUGACAAUAUUGACAUUUUGCCAGCCACAGAAGAAAGUCAAGAACCAGCAAAAAGAAUAACAACACCCUACAUGACCAAAUAUGAGAGGGCAAGAGUUCUAGGGACACGAGCAUUACAGAUAAGUAUGGGAGCUCCUGUGAUGGUGGAACUUGAAGGUCAAACAGAUCCUUUACAAAUAGCUAUGAAAGAACUUAAAGCAAGAAAAAUUCCGAUCAUUAUCCGCCGAUAUCUUCCAGAUGGGAGCCACGAAGACUGGGCCAUAGAUGAACUCAUCAUCACAGAAUGAACUGCAUCUUCGUCGUCCUCUUCUCGUCUCUUUUCUUUUUUUAACAAUUUUUUUGUACAAAAAUUUACUUCUCUUCUUUUUAACCCAAAUUCAAAGAACACUGUACAUGUUCGCGUCUAUUUAUUUUAGUUGUAUGUCUGUGUCAGUGGUAAUUGUAUUUAUGUCGUACUUUCUAGUGAUUGCAAAACGCGUUGAUAAUCACUUGUGGAGACUGAUCCUCGCUUUUGUAGCGUUAAGAAGAAGCAAAAAAGAAAAACCAUCUUUCUUAUUGUGGCUAUCCUUACA